ACACCUCUGCAACAAAUUCACAUGAAACUUUCCUAGGCGCGAACUCAGGACGAAAGGAUGGAACCCCUACCAGAUGAUUUCGUUGAAAGACGACAGAACUUCACCCUGCGCUAUCAGGAAACCGUCAAGAAAGAGCUGGGAACAGACAGUUCGGAUCUAUGCACCACGGCUCAUUCCUUCAUUCACAUCAUCACGCUGCGCGCUUCCCGCUCCAAGCCCGGCACUAGCAUCGAGUUUGACCUGCACGACCUCUGGUGGACAGUCAUACAAGCGGCCAAGAGCACACCUUUUUAUAGCGCCGAACAUGACAGAAUGGCGAUGUUGAUUCUGCAGGCGCGCGAGCUGGGAGUCAUUCAACAACGCCCCGAGGAGGAAAACAAAGACAAUCCUGUCAUGUAUACUUCCCAAGGAGUCAUUUGGAGAGAUCUUCCUUUCCUCCUUACCGACGUGUAUGAAGAGUGGAAGAAAGCAGCAGAGCUUCGUACAGCGGAGCACGAAAACCUGGCUUCGUUCAUCGCGCGGCUGCUUGCGGCUGGCGUGUGCGGAUCGGAGCUUGCGGCGUGCGCUUUGUGGACUUUGCGGAACGUGCUGGAGAUGUCAGAUGGCGAAGAGAAUGAAAGCGAGUCUCGGCUGCCUGUGGCUGAUGAAAGGCUCGCUGUUGUCGUUCGCUGGCUGCGUUACAGCGGGAGUAAACUACUUCUCCUCUCAGAGAGUGGAUUUCAAAUCGAGGGGGAGCAAGCUGAGAUGGCAAGGCCGGGAGAUCUAGCGGUAGCGGCAGGUGUCGAUGGUGGACAGUCGGGGUUCAGUAUGGCGAGGUGGGCAUACUGGAAGCGAAGAGGGGCGUGA